ACACUGGCACAGCAUCAUCACCCGCAUGGUUGGUCCAGUUGUGGACACUGAUCAUACCGGUUACGUUAGACACCGCGACAGGGAAGUCCCUUAAUUUCUAUCCGUCCCUGGAACGUUAAUCCCGGAAGUUGUAGCUGUGUGGCGCUGUGUGGCGCUGUGUAGACAUGGGAUAGCUCAGGCUGGGAGUUUGACAGGUAUCACGAACCUGAACCACCGCGACACACUCGUCGGGCUGAAGUUCAGAGGGUCAAUCCCACAGGAAGACAGAGUGGAGGAGUGGUUUACUUCGUGCUGUCUGGAGGAGACACGUCCAGUCGGGCUGUGGUUACUAGAGUCGUGUUUCCAAUGGAAAGCUCCUCCGUGUUUAGUGUCCGUCUGUCCCUGAAGCAAAGAUACGUUCUGCUGCUCUGCAUCGCUGCGGGAGCCAUCCUCACUUAUCACAAGUUUACAAGGAAACACCCUGUUGAAAUCAAGAGAAUGAGCAGGGGGGCGGGUCUGAGAGCCAACACGUCCCAGUUCACUCUGGAGGGAAAACCCUUCCGCAUCUUGGGGGGCUCCAUCCACUACUUCCGUGUCCCAAGAGCCUACUGGCAGGAUAGACUGCUGAAGCUGAAGUCUUGUGGCCUCAACACCCUCACAACAUAUGUGCCAUGGAACCUCCAUGAGCCUGAGCAAGGGGUGUUCAACUUUGAGGAUCAGCUGGAUUUGGAAGCCUUCCUCCGCCUCGCAUCCAGCCUGAACCUCUGGGUGAUUCUGCGCCCAGGGCCCUACAUCUGUGCUGAGUGGGACUUAGGGGGACUACCCAGCUGGUUGCUACGGGAUAGAAACAUGAAACUGAGAACGACAUACCGUGGAUUCACCGACGCAGUCAACUCCUUCUUCGAUCAACUCAUCGCGAAAGUCGUUCCACACCAGUUUUCCAAAGAUGGCCCCAUUAUCGCAGUUCAAGUGGAGAAUGAAUACGGCUCCUAUGCUAAGGAUAUAGAAUACAUGCCAUUCAUCAAAGAGGCGUUAUUGUCAAGGGGCAUCACAGAGCUGCUGAUGACCUCCGACAACAAGGAAGGACUAAAGCUUGGAGGAGUGAAAGGAGCUCUUGAAACCAUCAAUUUUCAGAAACUGAACCUGAAUGACAUUAAGUAUUUGGAAGAAAUACAGCCUCAGAGGCCUAAAAUGGUGAUGGAGUACUGGUCGGGAUGGUUCGAUCUUUGGGGGAACCUCCAUCACGUGUAUUCAGCCGAGGACAUGAUACCUGUGGUCACAGAGAUCCUUGAAAAGGACAUGUCCAUCAAUCUCUACAUGUUCCAUGGAGGGACAAAUUUUGGCUUCAUGAACGGAGCAUUUGCUGUUGGAAUACCGGCACCCAAACCUAUGAUAACGAGUUACGAUUACGAUGCUCCAUUAUCCGAGGCUGGGGAUUACACCACCAAGUACCAUCUUCUGAGGAAUUUAUUCAGCUUCUACCACAUCUACCCUCUCCCUGAACUGCCUCCUCUCCUGCAGAGGAGAGCGUACCAGCCUGUUGUCGUCCAGCAGCACCUGUCUCUGUGGGACAUUCUGCAUUUCGCUGACAAGCCAUUGAAGUCAGAGAGGCCGAUAAACAUGGAGAAUCUCCCUGUCAACCAUAACAAUGGUCAGUCGUACGGCUACACGCUGUAUGAGACCAUCAUCACCAGCGGAGGACUCCUCAACUCAAAGAACAACAUCAGAGACAGAGCGCUGGUUUUUGUGGACAAACAUUUUGUUGGUGUCCUGGAUUAUAAAACACUAGAGCUGGCACUUCCUGAUGGGAAGGGAAGAAGAACACUAGGUUUACUGGUGGAGAACUGUGGAAGAGUGAAUUAUGGGCAGACUCUGGAUGAGCAGCGCAAAGGUCUGGUCGGAGAUAUCGAGUUAAACAAGCAGCUCCUCCAAGACUUCAUUAUUCAUAGUCUGGAUAUGAAGCCAGGCUUCCUUAACAGAAUCGAGAAUUUGGGCAACUGGAAGUCUAUGCGAGAGCAGCUGUCCUUCCCAGGGUUUUUCCAGGCCAAACUCUACGUGAAUGGUUCUCCCAAAGACACCUUCAUCAAACUCCCUGGAUGGAGUAAAGGAGUCAUCUUCAUCAACGGCAAGAAUCUUGGACGCUACAGGUCCAUCGGUCCUCAGCAAACUCUCUACGUCCCAGGCCCCUGGCUUCACAAGGGAGACAACCAGGUCCUCGUGUUUGAAGAGCAGGAAGCAGAUGGUAAGAUCCAGUUCACCAGCACCCCUGACUAUGGCAUGGCUGUCGAUGUCUAGUAUGGACGGGAGGGCAGAUGGGGAGAGGAGGAUGAUGGGAGAGUAGCUGGGAAGGUCAGGACUGAGGCGACAGCCGUGAGUUCCGUCUACACGGGCACCCGACACCUGGCCGAGACCAGCAUCACCCAUAAGUGACACGUCGGUAAACGGGACAUUUGGUGUUCUGCCAGAAGAUGCAUCUGCAUAAUCAGCUUCCUCACAUCAACUCCUCAUUUUAGUGACUUUACGCAUGACACUCCGUUGAAUAAUUUCUAUUCAAUUUAGCAACAGUAUCAUUAACAUCCACUUACACACUCCAUAAUUUGAGACCAAGGGACUGGGACAGAGAACGAUCUUGAUUAUAAUGAAGUGUUAGAAACUCUCCUCUUUUCUCAGACUUAAUUUAUACAUAUCAUCCAGAGUGUAUGCAAAGAAUGUGUGAAUAAAGACUGGUGUGACCUCUGUGUCAGUAGUCAAGGCCAACCAAGCCCGUGAACUGCUUUAUUUAUCCCACAUACUGUGAGCCUGUUUGCUUGGUUGCUUUUUCAAAUUUACCUUCUAAUUACGUGCUGUGAGCUCAUGCAGAGGAGUCAAGUUCGCAAGCUGCGUUUGAAAUCUUUUUUCUGAAUUCUCCUCUGUUGUGUGUGGCUCUUACCAGACUGGAUACCGCCGCAAAUGUUUUCUUUGAUGAUUGAUGCCAUGGCGAUACUGUGCUGUCACAUUUGAAAACUAAUCAGUGCAGGCUAAUGACAUGAUAUGUAUGAGUAAUUACGACUUAAGAGGUGGUCAGGUUUCCCAUGCUGCUGAAAUCCUGCAGUGGAUUCCAUCAGUUGUUCAAAGCAGCUCAAACCAUAGACUCUAUCUAAAGAUGGACGACGGAUCUCCACUUCCUCCCUCUAUCUAGAAAUCAAGACCAAAUAUCCCACAUACAAACACUACCAUCACACCUCAAGUCCCUGCAGCAGUGAUCAGGGCCACGUUCUCAAAGUCCCACACAUGUGCUCUUCCAGGUCUCAGUUGUCAAUCAUGAUGUUUCAGCCUAUUUUGAAAGCAUCAAAUCAUUAACUUAAACCAAACUUACCGAAAACAUGAACAAUUAAUGUGAUAAGAACAACGUAAAAUGACAGAAACCCCUUGUGAGAAAAACGUAUUUGAUGUGGAAUUUGACUUAUUAGUUCUGUGGCGAUUGAGACACUUUGGCUUCACUUUUGGGAGCUGUCAUCCAUCUUUAUCCUCAUCUUUAACUAUUAGCUUGUUAAAUUAAGGCCCUUUUAGCUUAAACUAUAAAAAAUAACAUACAGUCCACAUGUCUGACCUGACACGUGAUGAAAUGCUGUUAAAUACAAUGUAAACUGACUUCAAAUGAAAUUUUACAUAAAUUAUAAAACAUCAGUAAUAUGCAAUUAUGUUAACUGCAUGAAUACAACAAACGCUGACGCAAGACGUACUCGUUUUAAGUAUAAACAAAGGUUUUGCACCUCGGUUUAAUAUAUAUAUUUUUUCCUAAACCUGAUGUUUUUAAAUCUUUGUAGCUUGGUGGCUGGGUAGUUUUUUUUUGCCAAAUCACUCCAUUUAAUAAGCUAUUCCUUAUUUGGUUAUGCUGCAACCUCAUUUUGUAAAUCACCAGGGUUAAACUAGCUAGUUCGAACAAAGAAUUUUAGAAUGUCUGAUCUAUCCAUCUGUUCCAUCUACUUAAAGGUUAUCAACUGCAAGAAACUGUCGAUUAAUUGUACAAAUGGAUCAAUUUUGUAAUUGUUGAGUGUUAUUUUUAUUAAAUUUGUUGAAUUGUU